GGCACCACAGUCGUCCAAAUUGUGUUUUAUUAAUAACUUUUGAAGUAAAGGUUAAGGCCAAUAGAGUGGGAGACAGAAAAGAGACUCCCCAGUCCCCAUACAUAGUGAGAAUCUGAGAGGAAAGCAAGAGUUACAGAGAGACACUCAUGGCGUCGAGGUUGUGGGCUUCAAGGGCUGCUUCUUAUCUUAGGCUCUCUGUUUGUCACAGAGGAUUUGCUUCUGUUGUCAAGGAUCUGAAAUAUGCUGACACCCAUGAGUGGACCAAAGUGGAAGGCACCUCUGCUACCAUAGGAAUAACUGACCAUGCACAGGACCAUUUAGGGGAUGUUGUAUAUGUUGAAUUGCCCGAAGUUGGAGCUUCUGUGACACAGGGAAACGGCUUUGGUGCAGUUGAAAGUGUAAAGGCAACCAGCGAUAUUAACUGCCCUGUUUCAGGGAAAGUGGUUGAAGUCAAUGAAGAACUAAACAACUCUCCGGGUUUGGUUAAUGCCAGCCCAUACGAAAAUGGAUGGAUUAUAAAGGUUGAGAUGAGUAAUCCGGGUGAGCUGGAUUCCUUGAUGGACUCCGAUAAGUACUCAAAGUUCUGUGAAGAAGAAGAUGCUGCCCACUGACCGGGUUAGGGCCACAAGUUAAAGUAUAGCCAGCGACCGAAGUGCGAUUUUUUUUCUUCAUUUAUAUUAUCUUCAACACAAGUUGUCAUUCUCUUUUUGUUUCUAAUUUGUGGAGUUGUAGGGAUCUUAAGUUGGAAUUGUCUUUCUGAGAAUAAAUUUGAUUCGUCUU